CUUAACCCCUCGAUCGGAAACCCUAGAAACAUCGGAAGUGCUUCUUCAGGGCUUGUGUGCGAAACCCUAGAGAAAGCACAUUGAUCAAUGGGGAGCAAGAAGAGAUCAGCAGAUUUAAUGGAGGAACCGGAAGACGAGCAGCAAGUGGCUGCCGAUGAAACUGGUGAGAAAUCUUUGAAGGAAUCACGGCAAUCGAUGAAACAAAUGGAGAAAUUGAAGAAGAGAAAGGCAUUGGAUAAGGAGAGGCACGCUAAGGAGUCUGGAAGUAUGGAGACCUUCAAAGCGAAGAAGUCGAGGGAGGUUUUGGCUGCGACGCCGACUAUUGCCCCUGCUCAUGGACUGCGCAUGGACGUGUUUAGUGAUUUGGCUUCGGCAGAGGGUUCCGUGAGGGAGGCGGCGGCGGAGGCGUUGGUGUUCGAGCUGAGAAAGGCCCAGAAGGUGUUUGAAAAGGUUGGGAAGAAGGGAAUCAAGGAAGGGGUGGCUCCUCUGGAGGCCAAGAAGGACGAGGGUUUUGAGAAUUGCGCCCCUUCCGUGAUCUAUGCUAUUCGGCGGCUUGUUCGUGGAGUGUCUUCUUCCAGAGAGUGUGCAAGACAAGGCUUUGCCCUGGGUCUUGCAGCUAUUGUUGGGACAAUUCCUAGUGUUAAUGUGGAAUCAGUGAUGAAACUGAUUGAAGAUGAGCUAAGAGUCACAGCUAAGAUGGAGGGCCAGGAUGCAAGGGAGAGUCUUUUGGGCCGCCUUUUUGCUUACGGGUCACUGGCUAGAUCUGGGCGAAUCUCUCGAGAGUGGGUUUUGGAUAACAAGACAACAUUAGUCAAAGAUUUUGUUGGUAAUGUCAUCUCCCUCGCAGCAAAGAAGCGUUACUUGCAUGAGCCAGCUGUUUCUGUCAUAUUGGAGGUUGUUGAAAAGUUACCUGAAGAAGCCGUGUCAAGCCAAGUACUUGGAGCUCCUGGCAUGCGAGAGUGGUUUGGAAAUGCUACUGACACUGGGGACCCUGAUGUCUUAUUUUUGGCUUUAAAAUUACAAGAAAGAGGCCAUUUAGGCAAUGGCAUGGUUGGCAAACUGUUGCCAUGCCCGUUUAGUUCAAACAGCUUCUUUACUCGGGAUCAUCUUGCACUCCUUGCAACCUGCUUAAAGGAAUCAACCUUUUGUCUACCAAGAAUUCACAGUCUUUGGAAUGUUUUGGUAAAUAUUCUUGUGCCAGAAACUUCUCACAAUGAAGAUAAAUCAAUGUGCUCCACUUCCUCCAGGAAGAACAAGAAGAACCGGAAGGGUGGCUGCUUUGAAGAAGUGACAAAGAAUAUCCGCACUUUCUGUGAGGUGGUAAUUGAAGAUUCACUUCUUAUGUCAUCUCAUGAUAGGAAGCAUUUGGCACUUGAUAUUCUACUACUCCUUCUUCCAAGGCUGCCAGUGUCAUGCAUUCAGAUUGUUCUCACUCCAAAAUUGGUCCUUUGCUUGAUGGACAUCCUAUCAACGAAGGGCUCCUUGUUAUAUAAUGCUGCUCAGCACUUUGUGAAGGAGCUAAUUAAUUGGACUGGAGAUGAUGACGAUCGACGUGUUGGAGUGAUUGUAUCUUUGCAGAAGCACAGCAAUGGAAGAUUUGAUUGCAUUACAAGGACACAAACUGUAAAAGAGCUGGUUUUGAAGUUCAAAACUGAUUCUGGAUGCUUGUUAUUUGUGCAAAACUUGAUGAGCUUGUUUGUUAAUGAGGGUGCACUCACAGAUGAACCAUCAGACCAAAGCCAGACCACAGAUGAAAAUUCAGAACUGGGUACCCCAGAGGAUGAAUCUCCUGCGGUGUCAGAAAAUGCAGAUUUCUUGAAGAAGUGGGUGAUAGAUACCAUGCCACGUGUUUUAAAGAACUUAAACUUUAAUUCCAAUGCAAAGUCUUUGUCACAUACUGAACUAGUGAAAUUUAUAGAAGCAAAGUAUAGGGUACAGACAGAAAUAAUGAAGUUUUUGGCUGUUCAGGGUUUAUUCUCUGCGUCUCUAGGCACUGAAGUAACAUCAUUUGAACUGCAAGAAAGGUUUAAAUGGCCCAAAGCAGCCACCUCAAGUGCUCUAUGCAGAAUGUGCAUUGAACAACUGAUGCUUUUGCUUGAAGAUGCUCGGAAAGGGCAAGUUACACUGAUGCAUUUGCUUGAAGCUGCUCGGAAAAAGGAAGAUGCUCAGAAAGAGAAAGAAAUACAUAUGUUGUCAAGUUGCCUUGAGCAGAAUGAUCUUGGACAUUACUUUAUGUGUUUCCUCAGCACUUUGUGCAACAUUCCUUCUGUUUCACUUUUUAGGACACUGAACAGUGAGGAUGAAGAGGCCUUCAAGAAAUUGCAAAAAAUGGAAUCUAGACUCUUUAUGGAGUCAAGAAAUAUUCGACCUGGGCCAGAUGCAUAUCGAUUACAAGCACUGCGUUAUCUGCUCAUCCAGUUGUUGUUACAAGUCCUCCUCUAUCCAGCUGACUUCUCUGAAGCUGCAUUGGAGCUUGUCAUAUGUUGCAAGAAGGCUUUCCCUACCGUUGCUCAUAGUGAUACCUUGGAGAAUGAUGAUGAUGAUGAUGAUGAUGACGACGACGAUGAUGAUGAUGAUGAUGAUUGCCCUGAAUUAAUGGAUGUCAUGGUGGACACUUUUCUGUCACUUCUGCCUCAUACAUCUGGUCCUAUGUUCUGUGUUAUUGAACAGGUUUUUAGGCUUUUCUGCGAUGAUAUUACAGACACAGGACUUCUUCAGAUGUUGCGAGUUGUGAAGAAAGAUUUAAAACCUGCACGCCAUCAGGCUCCUUCUAGUGAUGCUGAUGAAGAAGAUGAUGUUGAUGAUUUUCUUGCAAUUGAAGAUGCUGAGGAGACUGACGAUGCUGAACAAGUUGAGAGAGGCAAUAGUGAUGACCAUGCUGAUGAUUCUGAGGGUAUGGAUGGUGUUGAGCAAACUGAUGAGGAGAUAUGCACAAAUGCGGAAGUGGGUUCUGAGGGGACCAGUGGAGAUGAAGGAACUGAUGAAGAAGUAGACAAGAAAGAUGAAGGUAAUUCUGGGUGGAGGGUUGAAGCUGAGGAAACUGAUAAAGAAGCUAGCGGGCAUGCGAGAGAUGACUCAGAUUCUGAUGAGUCUGAUGAUUCUGAUGGUAUGGAUGAUGAUGCAAUGUUUCGGAUGGAUUCCUAUCUAGCACGUAUCUUCAAGGAACGGAAAUUGGCUUCGACUGAAAGUGCUCAUUCACAGCUCAUGCCUUUUAAACUCCGGGUUCUCUCACUCCUUGAAAUUUAUUUGCACAGGAAUCUGGGAGAGUCUCAGGUGAUGACAAUAUGUUCUUCCUUGGCCCAAGCAUUUGCCAAUUAUCAUUCUGUGGAGGGCAGUGAACAACUUGUGCAGCGCAUUGGAGCAAUUUUACAGAAGAAGAUAUUCAAGCAAAAGGAAUAUCCUAAAGGUGAGGAUAUCCAGCUGUUGACAUUGGAAACCCUGCUGGAGAAGAGUUUAAAAUCUGCAUCCCGUUCCCGGUACAAAAGGGUCUCUUCUAUGGCUCAGCAAUCUACAUUUUGGUUGCUAAAGAUACUUCAGUCCAGAGAUUUCCCAAAACCUGAACUUGAGAGGGUGUUGGAGAUUUUCCAGCAAACACUGACAGACUAUUUCACUAAUAAAAAGUCUCGACUGAAAGCCGGGUUUGUGAAAGACAUAAUUCGCCGUCAUCCUUGGAUCGGUUUUCAGCUGUUUGAAUUCCUAUUGGAGAAAUGCCAGACUGCAAAAUCAGAAUUUCGACAAGUUAAAUCUCUUGAGCUGGUGGACAGCAUUAUCAAGACAUGGAUUUCAGCUAACAAAGGAGAUGAGGGCAAGGAUACUCCAACCAAACCCAAGUUUUUGAAGAAACAUCUGCCAGCUCUCUGUGACCUCAUCCAUGCCCUCUUGAGCAAUUUGCCAGAAAAACAAUCCCGAAGGACAGAAGUUCGCCGAUUUUGCUCCCAUCUCCUGCAUGCAAUAUCAGUGCUCAAGCUUCAUAAAUCAUUUCUCAAGACACUAAAACCAGAUGCAUAUUCUGCAUGUGAAUCUCAAUUAGGCCCUGCAUUUCUUCAAUUCAAGAAGCUAAAUGAAUAAUGAUAUCCUGAGAAGCUUGGUGGACAACUCAGCUCCUACAUCACUGUUCAGUUCACCAUCACCGCAUUAAAAGGGUUGGAAUUCUUGUUGCUUAAAUUUCCAGGUUGGUGGUUGAUUGGAACUCUCUUGACAGUGAAGUUGGUCCUGAUAUUUAUUAUAUUUUAAUCCUUUUUUUUUUGUUAUGUUACACUAGAGCUGUAAGCAGUUUUGUGAGGUAUUAAAUUUACUGCGGUGUUUUCAUUUCUAUUUGUUA